AUAAUGGGUAACAGUCAGUAUCUUUAACUAACCUGUGAUCAUCAUGUCUAAGGAGGAGUGUGCCAAGGCUGGUGAUAGUUCAUUCUCCUCUGAUAAGCAUGCCCAGCUCAUCUUGGCCCAGAUCAACAAAAUGAGAAAUGGGCAGCACUUCUGUGAUGUACAGCUACAAGUUGGGAAGGAAACCUUCCAAGUUCAUCGGUUGGUCCUGGCUGCCAGUAGUCCAUACUUCGCAGCUUUGUUCGCCGGAGGAAUGAAAGAGUCUUCCAAAGAUGUUGUACAGAUUCUAGGAAUUGAAGCUGGAAUCUUUCAGUUACUUCUAGAUUUCAUUUACACAGGACUAGUGAACAUAGCUGUGAAUAAUGUUCAAGAGCUGAUUGUUGCAGCAGACAUGCUACAGUUGACUGAAGUUGUUAAUCUUUGCUGUGAUUUUCUGAAAGGACAAAUUGAUCCACAGAACUGCAUUGGACUCUUUCAGUUCUCUGAGCAGAUUGCCUGCCAUGAUCUUUUGGAAUUUACAGAAAACUAUAUUCAUGUCCAUUUCUUGGAAGUUCAUAGUGGAGAAGAGUUCCUGGCGCUUACAAAAGAUCAGCUGAUCAAAAUUUUACGAAGUGAGGAGCUUAGCAUUGAAGAUGAGUACCAAGUUUUCUUAGCUGCAAUGCAGUGGAUUCUGAAAGACCUGGGAAAGAGAAGAAAGCAUGUGGUAGAAGUGUUAGAUCCAAUUCGAUUUCCUUUAUUACCAUCUCAGAGGCUUUUAAAGUACAUAGAAGGAGUAUCUGAUUUUAAUCUUCGAGUUGCAUUGCAAACACUUUUGAAAGAAUAUUGUGAGGUCGGCAAGUCUCCCAAAGAGAACAAGUUUUGUAGUUUUCUGCAGACAUCCAAAGUUCGACCUCGGAAGAAAGCAAGAAAAUACCUGUAUGCAGUAGGUGGAUAUACACGGUUGCAGGGGGGCCGUUGGAGUGAUAGCAGAGCCCUUAGCUGUGUAGAACGUUUUGAUACCUUUAGUCAGUACUGGACCACUGUUUCUUCACUUCAUCAGGCUCGAUGUGGACUUGGAGUAGCAGUUUUGGGAGGGAUGGUCUACGCUAUUGGAGGUGAAAAGGAUUCGAUGAUUUUUGACUGUACUGAAUGCUAUGAUCCAGUUACAAAACAAUGGACAACUGUUGCUUCAAUGAAUCACCCGCGCUGUGGCUUAGGAGUAUGUGUGUGUUACGGGGCUAUCUAUGCUUUGGGUGGGUGGGUUGGAGCUGAGAUUGGCAACACCAUUGAACGAUUUGAUCCCGAUGAAAACAAAUGGGAAGUUGUUGGCAACAUGGCUGUGUCUCGCUACUACUUUGGGUGCUGUGAAAUGCAAGGUUUAAUUUAUGUAAUUGGAGGAAUCAGCAAUGAGGGACUAGAGCUUCGUUCUUUUGAAGUUUAUGAUCCACUUUCCAAGCGUUGGUCCCCACUUCCUCCUAUGGGAACCAGAAGAGCCUAUCUUGGGGUAGCAGCACUCAAUGACUGCAUCUACUCUAUUGGAGGGUGGAAUGAGGCACAAGAUGCUCUUCAUACAGUGGAAAAAUACUCCUUUGAAGAGGAAAAGUGGGUUGAAGUUGCUUCAAUGAAAGUGCCUAGAGCAGGCAUGUGCGUUGUGGCGGUCAAUGGUCUCCUGUAUGUUUCUGGAGGCCGCUCUUCUAGCCAUGAUUUCUUGGCCCCAGGUACCUUGGACUCAGUUGAAGUUUACAACCCUCAUUCAGAUACAUGGACAGAAAUUGGUAACAUGAUCACUAGUCGUUGUGAAGGUGGUGUUGCUGUACUAUGAUACAAAAAGCAUAAAAGCACAGGAAACAUUUUGAAAAUGUAAGUUCCGACAUUUUGUAAAUCAAACAUAUAUUUAUGAUAUGACCCUCUGAUUCUUUUGAAGAUUACAUGUAUUGAAUAGAUAAGUGUGUUUUUUUUCUAAAAAUUUGAGUGAGAAUGGAUAUGAAAUAUAUCUUAAUAAAGAAUGCAUACAAAUUUCCAAAGUUUAGCAACAAUACAAAUGGUAUUUAUGCCCUACAGUUAUUCAGUUAUCAAUAGAAUCCUCCUUGUAAAAAUUGUUUCCUAGAAACUUCUGGGAAAUUGUGCAGUUCUCUCGUGCAGUUCAAGUUGUAACAUAGCCUGUAUACAAUGUAAGGAUAACAAUCUCCAUGGGACAGUAUAAAGAUUUCUACUUCAUAAUUGGUCCAUAACAUAGUUUCCAUGGCGUCAUUUAACCUACAGAGAAAAUCCAGUGGCAGGAGUUUUCACUAUCCCCAAGCACUAAAAUAUUAGGAUGGACAUAGUAAAUAUGUGGGGGUUUUAUUGUUUUGGGUUUUUUUUUUGUUUGUUUGUUUUGAGAUAGGGUCUCUACAUAGCUUUGGAUGUCCUGAAACUUUCUGUGUAGACCAGGCUGGCCUCAAACUCACAGAGAUCUGUCUGCCCCUGCUUCCCAAUUGCUGGGAUUAAAGGUCUAUGCCACUAUACCCAGCAACAUCUAGCUAUUUAGACAGUUAAGUUUCUGCUUUUGGUAGUUUAAGAGAAAUUUUACCCACUCAAAUUUCCUGUUUUGAUUCUGAGAACACAAGUAAAGAAUUAAUAGUUUCUUGCUGAAAGUUCUUUAUAAAAAUAGUUUUACUUUUUAAAAUGUAUGUGUUUCUGCUUGUCUGUAUGUGCACCAUGUGUGCACAGAUGCCUGCUGAGGACAGAAGAGUGUGUCGUAUACCCUGGAAGUGGAGUUACAGGUGCUGUGAGCUGCCUGAGGUUGGGUACAGGGAACAGAACCUGAGGUCCUCUUAAAGAGCAGCAAAUGCUCUUAAAUUUUUAGAUAUGUAGUCCCCCUUGAUGGCAGGGUUUUUAUUAUUAUUAUUAUUUUGGUGUGUGUGGUGUGGUGUGUGUGCGUGCGCGCGUAUGCUUUAUCUCUUAGUUUUGUCUGGGAUUUGGCAUUACAGAUACUUGUGAACUGCCAUGUGGGUGCUGGGGUCCUCUGGAAGAGCAGCCAGUGCUCCUAACCUGAGCUAUCUCUUUAGCCACUUGAUCAACAGCUCUUGAUUGAAAUAAUAUGUAAUGAGUAUAAUCCCCCAGAUAUUAUGUGCUUAGAAGUUUCUUCUUUACUUUCUAGAGUCACCAAUAUUAUCUAUUUAGUUUUAGGAAGAGGAACUUUUGUUAGAUUAUUAGACUUUCUUUAAUUUACAUGUGUGUUACUUGGGUAAGCAUAUGUAAUAGCUUAGUAUAAUGUCUCUGCCUGGCUUGGAAAAAACUUGUAGUUAGAACUUUUUUUGUUUUGUUUUUUGUUGUUUUUGAGAUAGUCUCACUAUGCAGUCCAAGUUAUCCUUGAACUCUAACAAUCUUCCUGGGCUAACAGGCAUGUGCCAUGAGUUUUGAUGAACCUUAAUGUGAAAUCAGAAAACUUUAAAUGCUGAUAUCCAACGCC